GCCCGAUCCCCCGAGCCGAAUGUCAGCUUGUGUCAUCUGUGGUUCGACCAAUUAUUUUGACGGAAAAGAUAUCGCAAGGCUUUUUAGAUUUCCAUCGCCGCUAUUGCAUCCCGAGAAGAGAGCCGCUUGGGUAGCUGCAGUGAGGAGUGUUCACCCGGACGGCUCGCUAUGGGUGCCGAAAGGGGAUUGCCAUGUCUGCAGCGCGCACUUUGUCACAGGGCGGCCAUCGAACUUCAAAGACCGCCCUGACUUCGUACCCACCUUGUUCAAUUACACAGGAGCGCCUGGCGAUGCCGGAAAGAGACCUGAAGGUGAAGGAGCUGCACUUGUGGAGGCAACCAGCUGCCAGCUUAGAGCCACUGAGGACAUCUGGUUUAAAUGCUGUCUCUGUGCCUAUGUCACUACAGAUCAGCAUGGAAUUAUUAGCCACCUUGUCUCCCAUGGUGAUAAACAAUUCAGGUGCCAGCAUUGUUCAGUGUUGUUUGACUCCAUGUCAGAAUUGCAGUGCCACACUCAAAUGCAUAGAAGUGAUAUUCCAUUCAAAUGUCAGAGUUCUCCGAAACUGUCCCUCGGAGAGAAGGUCUGUUUUACUCACACAAGUACCUGCAAGUGCCCGCGCUGUCAUUUAGCCUUUAAGGAGCAUGGUAAUCUGACCAAGGACUAUCAAACACAUUCGGCAGAAAAAUCUUUCAAGUGCAAACAAUGCCCUAAAGCCUUUGCACACAGUGGCAGUUUAACCAACCACAAUCGAAUACACGCAGGUGAGAAAGCUUACAAGUGCAAGCAAUGCCCCAAGGCCUUCACUCGAAAUAGCUGUCUGACCAUCCACAAUCGAAUGCACACGGGUGAAAAGCCUUACAGAUGUGAACUGUGCUCUAGAGCCUUCACUCGACAAUCAACCCUGCCCGGCCACAUUCGAACACACACAGGUAACAAACCUUACAAAUGCAAGCAUUGCCCUAAAGCCUUUGCUCAGCGUUACAAUCUCACUGUGCACAGUCGAAUACACACGAGUGAAAAACCUUACGAGUGUAAGCUAUGCCCCAGAGCCUUUGCUCAGAAUGUCGCUCUCAUCCUACACAAUCGAACACACACAGGUGAAAGACCUUACGAGUGUAAACUGUGUCCCAAAGCCUUCACUUGGCAAUCAACCCUGACCAGCCACGUUCGAACACACACAGGCAACAAACCUUACAAAUGUAAGCUGUGCCCCAAAGCCUUCACAUGGCUGUCAUCCUUCAAAUGCCACAAUCGAAUGCACAAAAAACAAAAGAGAAAGCAAUAGUGUUGUGCAAAUAUUUGAUUAGCAUAAUACACAAUUCGAUAUUCCCUUCGGGAUGAACUGGGAUAUUUGUAUUUUUCUAAGUGUGGAUCACAGUGGGUUAGCCCCGUUAAGCGCACUUCUUACUGAGCAGUGUGCACCACAGAGAAGCAACACCCACGGAAGUGACCUCUGCGGGUGUUGCUUCUCUGCAGUGCUCCGGUGCACUCCACGAAGCUUACCUGCUGCAAUCAAUAUUUACAAAAAACGCAAAUUUCUUUCUUUUUUUCUUUUCCUGGAAGAGCUAAAUUUAGAGAUUGAAACUAAGCCAAUUUUCGCUGAAGUUCAGAUGUCUAUCAUUUUCAAAAG